AUGAGAGGUGUGGAGAAAUUAAGGAAAUUAGUGGAGCGAGCAAAGAGCUUUGUAAUAUUGCAGGGGCACAAUAUUUGGAAGUUGGGUAAAGAUGAUCCACGUAGAGUGAUCCAUUCGAUCAAGGUUGGCCUUUCUUUGACACUGUUGUCGUUGAUAUAUCUAUUGCAGCCGUUGUUCAAACAAAGUGGCGUGCUAAAAGAUAUUGCAGACAAUGUAUUAUGGGCACUGAUGACUGUUGUGGUCGUGCUUCAGUUUACUGCUGGGGCAACCUUCUGCAAAGGAUUCAAUCGAGGAUUAGGGACUGUGUCAGCCGGAUUAUUGGCAUUUCUUAUGGAAUUUAUUGCUACUGAUUGUGGGACAGUAUCCCGAGCUAUUAUCAUAGGCUUGGCCGUGUUUGUGGUUGGGGCGACAGCUACGUAUAUAAGAUUUCUGCCUUAUUUAAAGAACAAUUAUGAUUAUGGUGUAGUGACCUUCGUCUUGACCUUCAAUCUAAUUGCUGUUUCAAGCUACCGUGUGGAUAGUGCAUUGAAGAUUGCACGAGAUCGCUUUUAUGCUAUUGCUAUUGGUUGUGCUGUCUGCCUUAUCAUGUCUGCACUGGUCUUCCCCUACUGGUCUGGGGAAGACCUUCAUAAUUCCAUAGUAAAUAGACUUGAAGGAUUAGCCGAGGCAGUUGAAGCAUGUGUCUCUGGAUACUUCAAUAACGAAGCACCGGAUAUAAAUGAAGACGACCCUGAAGAAGAUCCUGUUUGCAUGGGUUAUAAAGCUAUCCUGGACUCCAAGUCUACUGAUGAGACCAUGGCAGGACAUGCAAGCUGGGAGCCCAGGCAUUCAAGACAAAAUCGUUUCCCUGGGAAACAAUAUGUGAAACUGGGAGGCGUCAUUCGCCAGUUUUCAUACACAGUGGUUGCUCUUCAUGGAUGUAUAAAAACUGAAAUCCAGACUCCGAGACAUGUCCGGGCCCUCUUCAAAGAUCCAUGCACUCGCGUUGCUGAUGAAGUAUCAAACGCGCUUAAUGAGCUAGCCAAUAGCAUAAGGAAUCGUUGCCAAUGCUCUCCAGAGAUACUCUAUGAUCAUCUACAUGAAGCGCUGACAGGCCUUAACACGGCCUUCAAAGCUCAGCCAAGGCUUUUUAUUGGUCCAGCAACUGAUCAAACAAGCGACAUGCUGCUAGCCAAAGCCGCUGCAGUGGCUGCCAGUGACGCUGAUAAGUACCUGUCAAGCGUAAAAACAGACUCAGCUGCACUGCUGUCUGAAUGGAGAUUAUCUAAAAGAGCUUCCAAUGGAGUCAAGUCAGCUGAUAAGAAAACGCUUAAACCGACACUGAGCAGGAUCACAAUUACUAGUCUCGAGUUCUCAGAAGCGCUUCCCUUUGCUGCUUUUUCUUCUUUGCUAAUAGAGAUUGUGGCAAAGCUGGAGAUAGUCAUUGAGGAAGUUGAAGAAUUGGGUAAAAAAGCUAAAUUUAAGGAGAGUAAUCAAGGGGAUAAUGUGACGGUGACUGUUCAAACACCUCAAACAGAGGAUCAGACGACCACUCCUGAUUCCUGA